AUGCCGAGUUGGGAAGAAGCUACUGCAGUACAGAAACUGUCCUCCAACACCAUACUGGAGGUAGUCAAAACACAUUUCAGCACAACUUUGGCGAAGCAGAACCAGCCACACACCAUAGCUCUCCACAUUGAGUUCCUGAGACGGACCCAAGCCGGGCCCGCAACAUACAAAGUCGACGAUGUCAAACUUGGUCGCCAAACGUCUAUCGUACAUGUGACCAUGGAGCAAGACGGCCGACAGGAAGUCGUCGCGUACGUCACAAACUCCAACAUGGAUGCGGAAAAGGGCUUCACCCAAGAUGUCGGAUACAAGCUUUCACCGCCCGUCCCGUCAGUCGACCUGACAAAGCUGGAAAAUGAUGAAGAUACAAACUGGAGGCUCCAACCAGAAUUGCCGCACGCCAACUUCCGAAAAGCGACGAAGAGGGUGAAGUUUUAUUUCCCUCGGGAAGGACGAAGCCUAAAGCAUCUCGCUGAUGAGUGGAUCUGCUUCUCUGAUGGGACAAACUUCACGGAUUCCUCGGUCGGCUUUGUCGCAGACAUGUUCCCGCUGAUGGUUGAGUCAAUCAAGGGCGAAGGAGAGGGACCCUUUUGGUAUCCAACCCUCCUACUGAAUCUGGACAUCAAGAAAGCGCUGCCGCCGCAGGGGGUCAAGUGGCUGCAGGUUAGGGCAGGUAUGAAGAAGGUGGCGAACGGUAGGAUGGACUUGGAAGUGUGGGUGCACGAUGCUGACGGCGAUCUGGUGGCUUUGAGCCAUCAUGUAGCAUUUGUGUUGGAUGCUGCUAGGAACACAGCCGCAAGGAAAACGGGCAAUGCGAAGAUCUAG